GGUUAUCUUUAUAUUAAUAGAAAUUAACAUUUAUCUGCCGAACGAUGCCUAGAAAAUCUAAAGAAUCCAAACCAACAUUUGAAUAUGAACAGGACUUCAUGGAAGGAAUGGAAUCAGGAUCCGAACCUAAAGAAGCAAUCAUUUGUGAAGUAAAACAGCCUAAAAAGCCAAAGAAGCGAUCAUCGGUUGAAUAUGAAAGAGAGGAAUCGGAUUAUGAAGAGGAUGAACAACCUGUUGCAUCUAUUCUCAAUCAGUUUGGUUCUGAUAUAAAAAAGAGUAUCAGUUCAAAGCGUAGAAAGUUGGAAGCUUUUACAAAACAGUGUUGUGCAGCCAGGGAGAAGUUGGAUAGUGUAUUGGAAAAUCAGAAAAAAGAUCGUUCUACUUUAAAUGAGGAAUAUAAGAAGCAGAUAUCAUCUGUUAUUAACCAAUGGGAGACAGAUAUUGAUAAAGCAAAAGAGAAUGAAGAAAAACUAAAUAAUCUUCUUACUCAGCAAAUGAAACUGAUAACACAAGUGAGAGUUGUUCAAACACAGAGGUUCAAGUCAAUUAAACAGCUACAUGAUCAGUACAUAAAAAGUGUUGGCACGGUUAAUGAAACCCACUCUCAACAACAUAAGGAUGUCAAUAAGGAAAUAGACAAGGAGUUGUCCAACUUGCAGAAAAAAUAUUUAUUGGAAUCGAGAAAUCAAGAAAUGGCAACAAUGCGAAAAUCUCUUCAUUCCAUGCUAUAUCAGUGAUUAGUUAGGAUUUAUAGGAUACGAGUUAAACAAAUAUUUGCGUUAUUGACUUGUUUUUCUCGAUGUACAGAGGUUUCACUGCCAUAAUUUUGUAUAAAUUUAUGUGGUUCUGUUUCUUUUUUGGCGUUUUACUUAAAUAUACGACAAUGUAAACAUG